AUGUCCUCUGCUGCUCUGCCAGUGCCUCCUGCUCCCGGCAGCCCGUUGUCAGACAGAGAGUACCAAAUCUUCUUUGCCAGCCUGCAACCGCCCUGGAAGGCGGAUGUGUCCUGCCAGCUGCGGCAGGCACACGGCUGCCUCAGCCCCGCCAUCCUGAAGCUGGACCAGAAGGAGAACCAUGGCCAUAUCCCCAAAGGGCCAGUCUGCUCUGAAUUCCCAGAAGCACCGUGGUUUCAGACCUUCUGCGAGUUCGCCCAGUACCGCUGCUUGAAGCACCACUUCUACACCAAGCGAAUCCCAUGUCCAAGUUUGUAUCCUCCAAAAAAGCUCUUGACAGAGCAACCCCAUGCUGUGGGAUCCUUGACAAGGGACAAAGGCUCCCCUAUGGAAGAAGCUCUGGCUCAGGAUUCUCGCUUGUCUGUUGAUAACCUGCUGCGCACCAGAGUGGACGCUCUCCUGAAGUACUCCUACGCACUCUUGAAUCAGAAGCCGCUGCCAAAGAAGGUCCCCCUGCCCAUGUCGGGCUUGCUGAGACCCCCAAAGGAUGGGAGGCCGCCUGUGCUCCCACCAAUCCUUCCAGUUCCAACUGCUCCGCCUGCCUCCUUGCCUCCCAGUCUGGGAUCCCCAGGCCAGGCAGAGGAGUCCUGGCAGCAACGCCUGCAGAGCAGCAUCUGGAAGCUGAUCCACUUGGCCCUCUCUUUGGAGGAGUCCUUGGGCACCAAGGGCUAUUCUAUGGACUCCAGCCCUGGGAGCACAUCAGGCAGCACCGAGAAGUGGAUGCAGGAAACAGUCCCCCGUGGCAGCCUUUUAGCCCUGAAGAAUGAUGAGGCAGUGAUAAUCCUGUGCUAUGCAAUUCUGGAGGGAAACUGUCUCUUGUCAGUGGUCACCGAGGCCUGGAAGGAGAUGGAAGAAAGAAUCCUUGGGUUUGGAGAUUCGGUGUGUGACAGCCUCGGGCGGCAUCACAUGGACCUGUGCCCUGACUGUGCUUUCUGCUCACUGAAGUUGGAACAGUGUCAGAACAUCAGAAACCUGAACCGUGUUCACUGUGAGACAAACAGCUUCAUCCCCUACAUCAGCCCUCAGAUCUCAGCCCAGCACCGGGCUGCAGGCAACAAGAUCACCUCUCCAGAGACCUCACAGGAGUAUGGCAUGGAGUUUUCCAGAGGGCUGAGGAUGGAAUACUGGUGCAGCCGGAUGGCGAUCCGUGGCUGUGAGGACCCUCGUGUGACCCUCUGGCUGAAGGCAGAGUACACUGCCUUCCAAGACGGAGAUGACCCACACAAGAUCUGUGACUCAGGAGGAGUUCAGCACCCCAGCUACUGCGUGUUCAAGAGCCACCAGUGUCUCCAGCAGAGCCUCUACAACCAGAAGCAAUAUUUCACUGUGAUGCCUGCUGCAACUCCUCCUGAAAACAUUUUCUCCAGCCAAAGUUUCAGCGGAGCAUUGGAGAAAGCAUCAGCCCUGAGAACCUGGAUUUAG